AUGCCGAUUAAACUCCCCAAGGGUUUUGCGCGUCGAAAGUCAUCUGGAAAUGCUUUGGAAGAAGUACAGCCUCCCGUGGAACCCUCCUUUCGUGUCUUCGAGCGCCCACACGGACCCAGCAAGUCGUUUGAUGGCAGCAGCGCCCUGCAGCGUAUGAGCGGAAGCCACAGGGAAGCCUCACUGGACGAUCCUUAUCCAGACAAUAUAUUUGCAGGCAUUGAAAGACCGUCCACCGGCAGCCAAUAUGUUCCCGAUCCCCAACCAGCAAGAACCCGCGCGGGCAAGCUGACCGGCUCAACUGGGAGCGGAGGAACCAACAAUUCCUCCUCUACCGGCAGACUGUACGACAGCUCCUCCUCAGCCAAGUUUAGCUCGUCUUCCACCUUGCCCUCGGACAAUUCCACCCACGACAUCACCGUUCCUCCAAUUCCCGAAUCAUCCUUUGCGUCGGCACUACGCGCCGCUGGAAGGACCUUUUCCUUUGGCACCAAACCACCAAAGAUUGUACCACCGAAUCAGACUACGCCGCGCCAGUCUCACUCCAUGGCUAGGGAACGCGCAAUGACGGCCAGCACCACCAGCACGGCCACUCCCCCAAGAUUGCUAGAAUCCGAUCUAAACCUCGUACCUCCCAAAGGGAAACAUCCAAAUGGCUCGUCCCUGUUAUCUCCCAUUCGUAUCGAUCGGCCUUCAAACUCGAUCCCCACACCAUCUCCAAGUGAUAGCCAGACUUCAAGAGACGGGUUGAUGGGGUCAGCCUCCCCCGAAGGGAGGACGUCCACAUCCUCUAAUAAUUCUCAUCAUAAUACAGUCCGAUUUUCCGACGAAAGGAACAGGAAUGUAAACGAAUACAGCCACCUCGGAGGAAGGAACUUAACCUCGAACACAAACGCCAGCUACACCAAUGGCUCCCUCAGUUCGAGCAAUGCAACCCUGACGCCAAACAGACCCCCAAUGCCAACCUUUAUGGUUGAGAGUCCUCGGGCGCCUGCCGACCCUGAAGUGUCGUCCAUGUAUGGCAGCGAUAAAGACUUUACUACCGUCCCACUCAAUCAUCGGGCUCCGCAGUCCAUGUCGAGCAUAAGGCCCAUUGGAUCCAAGCAAAACGAGCAGUCCCUGUGCGCCGAAGCCAGUCUAGCUGCUCGUUAUGAGGAAGUUGCCAUGAAGAACGACGAAAAGCCGAAGAAGGUAAUGACACCAGCCCAGUUUGAACGGUAUCGAGAGCAGCAAGAAUUGACCAGGCAACAAAACAAUGAUUCUGAUUCCGACUCCUCGGAUCAUGAGAGCGAAGAGGAGGAGGAUGAGGCAGAGAAGAAGCGCCAGGCAGCUAAUCAGAGGAAAAAGCAAGAGGCUCAUCUUUCAGUGUAUAGACAACAAAUGAUGAAGAUUACAGGAGAACAAAUGAAGGUACCUAACCUCGAAACGAAACGCGAGAGCCUGGAAGCCGCUACCCCGCCAGCAAACGCCAACCGUCAAUCAGUAUUGAUUCCAGAGCCCACUCCCAAUGCGAAGAGCACUGAUGGCGAUGACGACGAUGAUGUACCUCUUGCUAUUCUCGCCGCUCAUGGAUUUCCAAGCAGGAAUCGGCCUCCCUCGCAACUAAUGACCUCGAGUUCCAAUCCAAACCUUCGGUCUUCUUACAUAGCAAGCCCGCCCUCGGUUGUAGGCGAGUUGCCGCCAAAACGCAAAACUCUCCCGGUUUUCGCGCGAAACCUUCCUCAAGAUCCAUAUUACGGUGCAGGCCUUGUCAACCAGCCGCAGAGGGAGUCCCUCGCUCUCGGGGGCGGUACGCCAUCCGUCCAUGGUGGACAAACCCCCGCGAUGCCACCCGGCGGCCUGGUAGGAAUGAUAGCGAACGAGGAGCGCGCAAGAGCGAUGAGAAGAGGGAGCCCUAACGCUCAUGUGAGCUUCGAUAUGCCCAACACCACGUCAGCAAUGAAUCAAUUAAACCUGGGGGGCAUGAGUUCUGGUCUUAUUUCACAGAUUGGAGCACCUCACAAUGCGCCAGCCCCUCCUGAUCAGAGCCAAAUCCAACUCACACAAACAGAUGACCCAAAUGAUGCAAAUGCAGAUUCAGUGGAUGCAACAAAUGAUGCAGAUGCAAAGUCUGCAACUUCAACCUAUGCAAAUGACCAAUCCAAAUCUCUUGCAGCCUCCUGGGCCAAACCAGCGUCCUAUGUCCAUGUUAUCAAACCUCAAUGCAUUUCAACCUGGUCCACCUCAGGUAGAUCAGAGAACACUGAGUAUGCUUGA